GCCAGCACGUCCUCGUCGUCCACCUCCGAAGUCUCCACUCCUCUCCCCCGACAGCGCAGAUCCCCACCCCAUUAAUCAAACAGACGCACGCUUCCCCCCGAAAUCAACCCUCCCAGCUAAUUUAAUCCUCCGUUCCUUCUCCUCUCGCCGGCCCCAGAUCCCCACCCGCCUCCGACUGGAACGGGGUAGCGGCGGCGGCGGCGUUUCUAGGAUCCUUUGCGUGGAACGGCGGCCUGCUGUCUUCUGCCUCCGGCUUUGGCUGAGCUUUGCGAGAAAAGAUGGAUGCCAAAAAGAAGAGGAACAAGAAGAAGAAGGGAAACCAAGGGAAGAACACCGCUGAUGUGACAUCCAAUGCUGGAGAAGCUGCUCCCCAGAACCACAAUCAUGAGUCAGCCCCAAGAGAUCAUUAUAAAGGUUCUGAUGCAGAUGAUGCCAUGUCCAGUGUUGGAGAGGGAGUUCCUCAGUACCAGAAUCACGAGCCAACUCUUCCGUUGGAUCAUAAUGACAGCACAAAUGCCCAUGAUACUACAUCCUCUAUUGGAGAAGGGAUCUCAUGCUACCAGAACAAUGAACCUACGCUGACACAGAAUCAUAAGGCCAGCAAUGCAGUCCCUGCAGAUCAGAGGAGCAUUGGGAUGUCAGAGUCUAGUGUGGAGCUUGAUAUGCAUAGACUUUACGAAGCCAAACUCGAUAAACUACAUGAGACAAUAAAGCAGUUGGAGGAUGAAAAGAGUUUAUGGCUUCAAAAAUUGAGCACCAUGGAGGGUGAGCUUGAAAAGUUGCAUAGCAAAGUGGGUUUUCAUGCACAAAAUGAGGUACUUUUGAAGGAAAAAUUGAGUAAUCUACAGAUUGGUUACGAUAUGCUGAUUAAGAAGGAGGAAGUUUUGGCUAACAAAGUCAGGUGCAUAGAUGACAUCAAUGGCACCUUAACUCAUCAAGAGGCUUUGCUUAAAGAAAGAUUAAGUGAGCUGGAGGAAACAAAUAAAACCCUGGUGGAACAGGUGAAGGUGCUGGAGGAAGCUUCAAACAAUACUUUUGAGGAAAAUCAGAUACUGGUAAAAAAAUCUGAUGAACUAGAUUCAAGACUACAAGCACUUGAAGCAAGGGCUGCUCUUAGUGAAGCCUCGAAUACUGAAAAGGUCUCUGACAAUAAGGUGGUAGAUCGAAUGGAUUACACUAGUCCACUACUUCAUCAGCAAACAAUUGGUUUUACUGAGAUGAUGAGCAAAGGUAACGAACUGAUUGCUGACAGAGGUCUGAGCAGUUCAGUGGAAAUUACUCCUGAUAAUAGCUAUGGCCAAAUCAACAAUACUCCCAGCAAUGCAUAUGCUAGUAAUCAUCCAGAAGAAACAUCAAUGCAGCUUCCAGAAAUAGGCACCAGCAAUAGUGUAGCACAAGCUCAUGUUGAUGUCAGUGAGCAUCGAUUUGAUGGACUAACAAGUGAAGAAAUCAUUCCAGUUCCGUUGGAUGAUAUACAGAUUCAUGAGGAUGGCCCGCAGCAACCAGGAGCAGACGAUGAGAUAGAUGAGGUUCCAUUUUCUGACGCUCCGAUCAUCGGUGCUCCAUUCCGAUUGAUCUCAUUUGUUGCUAGGUAUGUCAGUGGUGCUGAUUUGGUAAACCAGAAAUAACUGUCUGCAUAUCUAGAAGAUCUGGAUGCCAGGAGUCUUUUUUGGAUUUUGCUGAUAAAUUCUUUAUUAUGUUAAAGAUAGGAUGGGUGGAUUAGAUUCAACAGAGUAUGGAAGCUCUGUUCAUUCUUGGUAGUGCUCAUGUCACUGCCGAUUCUUCUCCUUCCCCUGUCCUUUUUUCAGGCGCAGGAGCUGUGUUUCGAAGAAAUCUGUGUUGACUUGUAGAAGAGGCUAUGUAUCAUGGCCCUCCAAUACCGUCUAACCAUGUUAACAACUGAAAUUUUGGUGCAUGCCAGGAUGUGAGAGAUGCACUGACAAUGUAACAUGUGGAGAUAGCUACUUGCUUGAUAUAUUGCCUGUCUUGGGGUUAGUAUGCAAAAUAGUCGUUGUGUUAUUGCCUUUUUCU